AUGCGUAAACCAUUACAUAAAUAUGCAAUUGUCGAAGACCAUGUAACCACAAGAGACUUGCUAUCUGCCUUUGAAGAUGAAUAUAACCAUACAAUGAUCGACGCCCCAAAUCAGUACAUAGCAGAUGCGGAUAUAUCGAGUAACGAUGUUAGGCAGACCUCGGAUAUUGGGACAUCCUCUGGUCCACAACAUGGUCAAUACUGCGAUUUUGGUGAUGCAACAAAUAAAUGCGUCCAUUGUGGGGCUUUGUUUUGGUUUGAAGAAAGGAAGAAGAAUUUGUCAACAAAAGCAUCGCCACUCAAAGACGAAUUGUCAAAAGAAUUUUUACACAACAUUAGGACCUACAACAACAUGUUCUGCUUCACAUCCAUGGGAGGAAAAAUUGACAAAAACGUGAACAAGGGGGGCGCACCGCCAAUUUUUCGAUUAAGUGGUCAAAACUAUCACCUAAUGGGCACUCUACUUCCAGAACAAGGCAAAGAACCUCAUUUUGCCCAGUUAUACAUAUACGACACGGCAAAUGAAAAGAUCAACCGUAUAAAUGCUGUGAGGGGUAGUGGUGAGCAAGAUGACAUUCAUGUAGAAAUAGUGAAUGUCAUUCAGAAAGACCUCGAUGAAAAUAAUGUUUUGGUUAAGUCUUUUCGGAUGGCUAUGUCUGAGCUGGAUAUUAAUCCAUGCGCCGAAGUCAAAAUAAAUAUUGGAGAGCGUGAUAUUAUUGUUCAAUCGAAGGGUGGCCACCUACUGAGGAUAAGUGAAUUAAAUCCUUCAUACUUACCACUGCAAUACCCUAUUUUGUUUCCAUAUGGCGAAGACGGUUAUCGGGAAAACAUUGCAUUCGCGAACGUAGUAGGCAAGCACUCUUCAGGUGGUAGACAGAGGAUUAGUCCCAGGGAGUUUUUUUGCUACCGCAUACAGUCUAGACAGUCAGCUCCGAGUACCAUAUUAUUUGCAAAGCGGUUGUUCCAACAGUUUGUUGUAGAUGGCUACACAAUGGUUGAGUCUGGAAGACUAAUUUAUAUAAGGACACACCAAAAAAGCCUAAGGUGUGAGAGUUAUAGUGGAUUGACUGAUGCUUUGACAAGGGGUGAAUUAAGCCCUGCAGCCCAAGGUCGCAGAAUAAUACUACCUUCAAGUUUUACGGGUGGUGCUAGAUACAUGAUACAAAACUACCAAGAUGCAAUGGCAAUAUGUAGGUGGAUUGGAUACCCAGAUUUAUUUAUAACCUUUACAUGCAAUCCGAAGUGGCCUGAGGUGCAACGCUUUUUAAAAGAUCAAAGGUUGAAGCCAGAAGAUCGGCCGGACAUAAUUUGCCGGUUAUUCAAGAUUAAGUUGGAUGCUUUGAUAGCUGAUUGUCGAAAGAAUAAACUAUUUGGCCCUGUGGCUGGAGUCAUAUAUACAAUUGAGUUCCAGAAGCGAGGUCUUCCGCAUGCUCAUAUAUUACUUUUUUUAGAGAACAGUAAAGUAGUUAGGCAAGUUAUUACUCUAGACAACAUAAUUUGCACAGAGAUUCCAGAUGAAAAGAAAGAUGCAGAGUAUUACCAAGCAGUAGAGGAAUUUAUGAUGCAUGGUCCAUGUGGAAAAGCGAGGACCAAUUCUCCAUGUAUGGUAAAUGCGCGAUGCUCUAAACAUUUUCCUAAGAGAUUUAUUGAGAGUUUUACAUUUGAUGAAGAUGGUUACCCGGUAUAUAGAAGGAGAGACAAUGGCCGUGUAGUUACAAAGAACGGGAUCGCCUUGGACAACAGGUACAUAUCCCCGUGUGAAGCGGUUUGGCGUCUAUUUGGUUUUGAUAUACAACUUCGGGCGCCUUCAGUGGAAAGGUUAAGCUUUCACCUUCCUAAUCAACAGAGUGUGAUAUUUGCAGAUGAUGAUGCUAUUGAGAACAUUAAGAAAGACCUUAAAAAAUGGCAGCCACGAAAGAAAGGGUUCUCAAUAGGACGUAUAUUCUAUGUCCCGCCAGCUACUGGUGAAAUUUUCUAUUUGAGGUGUUUGCUGAACAAAAUCCGUGGCCCUAAAAGUUAUGAAGAUAUUAGGAUUGUAAAUGGAGAGCAAUAUGACUCAUUCCGAGAUGCGUGUUAUGCAAGGGGUUUAAUUGAUGAUGAUAACGAAUAUGUUGAUGCAAUAGAUGAAGCCAGUCAUUGGGCAUCAGCAGAUCAAUUGAGGAGAUUGUUUGUGACAUUGCUAAUGAGCAGUUGCAUGGGGAAACCGGAAAUAGUUUGGGAUGCUGUGUGGCAACAUCUAUCAGACGAUGCACAAUUCAACGUCCGUAAACAACUGCAGAACAGAGAUUUUGUGUUGACCGAUUCGCACAAAAUUAACUUUGCUUUAGUAGAGAUUGAGAAGCUAUUAUCUAAUCAUGGUAAGAGUUUGAAGGACUAUCCUGAAAUGCCAACAGCAAAUUUUGGUGCCUUAAACGUUAUUGCAAAUAGGUUUAUUCAAGAAGAAUUAGCAUACGAUUGUGGCGAACAGGAGAAAAAGAAUCAAGAAUUGGUAAGGCAGUUAACAGACGAACAAAAGGCAAUAUACAAUGAAGUGUUAACUGACGUUGAUCGCCAGGAAGGGGGGUUAUUUUUCGUUUAUGGUUAUGGAGGGACCGGUAAGACUUUCUUGUGGCGAGCACUUUCUUCCGCAUUAAGGUCUAAGAGUCAAAUAGUGUUAAAUGUUGCUUCUAGCGGCAUAGCUUCGCUUUUAUUACCUGGUGGGAGGAAUGCACAUUCUCGGUUUGCUAUACCGAUAGCUGUUAAUGAAGAUUCCACAUGCAACAUACGCAACGGCAGUGAACUGGCAGAACUGCUUGUGCAAACCAAGUUGAUAAUAUGGGAUGAAGCCCCAAUGAUGCAUAAAUUCUGCUUUGAAGCUCUUGACCGAACAAUGUGGGAUUUGAUGCGCUUCAUAAAUCCAAGGAGUUCUGAUAUGACAUUUGGUGGUAAAACAGUUGUUUUGGGGGGCGAUUUCAGGCAAAUUUUACCAGUCAUUCCAAAGGGUACUAGGCCGGAUAUAGUUCGAGCAAGCAUUAGCUCAUCCUAUCUCUGGAAAUCCUGUAAAGUCCUAAGGCUUACUAAGAAUCUACGUUUGAAAAGUGUUCAAUCAGAAAACGAGUGCAAGGAGAUCGAGGAAUUUGCAAAAUGGAUAGCUAAUAUAGGUGACGGAAUUAUUGGGUGUCAACUUGAUGGGGAGUCCGAGAUUACUGUUCCAGAAGAUUUGUUGUUGAAGUGCGAAGAUGACCCUAUUGCUACAAUUGUUGAUAGCACUUUCCCUAAUUUCCGACUGGGACUUGUCGAUUUGUCAUAUCUUAAUCAUAGUGCAAUUUUAGCUCCAACAUUGGAUGUGGUAGAUGCCGUUAACCAAUACAUGAAUGAUCAUAAUCCGGCUAAGAGUAAGACAUACUUGAGUUGUGAUUCUGUGUGUAAGUCAGAUGCCAAUGUUGACAUGUUAGCGGAUUUGCACACUCCAGAAUUCUUGAAUGCCUUGAGAUGUUCUGGAGUACCAAAUCAUGCUUUGACAUUGAAAGUUGGAUCACCUGUUAUGCUAUUGCGAAAUAUUGAUCACACACUAGGAUUAUGCAACGGUACAAGGUUGAUUGUUACAAGGUUCAAAUAA